ACGUACGUCAUACAUAUUACAUAAAUUAUGCAUUGAUUUUACUUAACAGACUAACGAACGCAACUUCUGUUUGUCUACGGAAAUGACUUGUUUGUGUUGGAAAUAUUUUAAUUUACAAUGAAUGCAAAUUUUCUGUACUGAAUCGAUGCACUCAGAUGUCGUAAUGAUGAGUGUGUUAAUGAGGCUGGUGAUCUUAGUUUGCUGUGCUUGGUCUGUAAAAUACUUUCACAGUGAACUUGAGUCCUGGUCCCCUGAUGAUCACGACACAUUACACAGUAUGUUGCUGACCAGUUAUGAACGGCGCUUGGUCAUAACAGGACAGUAUGAUGUAUAUAAUGUAAAUGCUGUAAAGUUCAAACUUCUUUGGAAAUAUAGGUUGGGUAGGUUCUCAAGUAUAUUAAUACGUGAAAGAACAGAAACGAGUGAUUACGUAACCGUUUGCUCUGAUCAUGUAUGCAUUACUUUAGAUCCCCUAGAUAAUUAUGGAAAAGGCUCAGUCCAGUCUAGGCACCCAAUAACAAUUGAUGGAGUGGCAGCAUUUAUGGCAACGAAUACUAAAUGGGCCGAAAGAAAUAAAGAUGAGAUUUUUCUAUUUGUUGGGUGUCCCCAUGUUCAAGGUCAAGAAAAGCUUUUUGGUAGAUGUACAGAACCUGGUAUAUCGUGGUACCUGAAUAGUGGAGGAACUAAAAGUUAUCCAUGGUAUGGGUUUAAAUCGUACAAGGACACUCCAGUUCUGACGGACAAAUACAUUGAUGCGUUUAGCGUGAACAAGUACAGAGUGUUUUUCAGUUUACAAAGAGUCGUAACAACGGGAACGAAAAGAAGUCGAAUUGCUCAAGUGUGUCAAAACAACAAUCAAAAAGAUGGAAAGGAUUCGACGCCAUACACGUAUGCUGAUAUGCCAAUUCAAUGUGGACAACUUAGGGAAAUUCGGGCGGUAAAGAAAGUGGUAUUUCAGACAGAAACGACUUUUGUGGCUGUGUUUUCUGAGUCUAGUAAAUCUGCUGUUUGUGUUUUCACAAUGAACAACAUAACAGAAAUGUUUGCUGAAAACAUCAAAGACUGUUACAGGGGAAUUCGAAUACCUAAAAAUGAGGAUUAUGCCGACUACCAGGACUCCGAUAUCCCAUGUAGUCAAGCAAUUGCCGACAAUGACACCUUCGAAAAGUCAGACGAUUACUUCUUGUGUAACGAGGGAAACCUUCCAGUAUAUCGCCAGGUUAUUGGAAAAAAUACCCUGUCCUCAAAGCCUGUCGUUGAAUAUGAUGACGCUCAAUUAACAGCUGUUGCAGUGUCAGUUAUAGACUCCAAAAUUAUUGCAAGCUUCGGCACAGCAAACGGUGCAGUUUUACAGGCAGUUAUAUAUCCAAAUGCUUCAGCUGUUAAAAUCUGGCAACCUAGUGUACAUAAUUUCGGCCGAGAUAUCCUACAUGACAUGUAUUCUUCGGAUGACAUGCACUUAUAUGUGCUUACUAGGAAACAGCUUGACACAAAUACAGAGGCGGAAAGUCCCUAUUCUUCUCAAGCUAUUGUUUGUUCGGAGCCGCCUGAACAAGAGAAUUCGGUUUUGUCAGAUGGGGGUACAACACUCAAUUCGAAGCGAACAUAUACAUGUAAAGAGGGCUACAGUAAUGGAAACGAAACUGUCACCAUGGUAACCAGUUGUAACGACCAAGGUCAAUGGACCCCAACAAACUUUACCUGUUACAAAGCUAUUGUUUGUUCGAAUCCGCCUGAAAUAGAGAAUUCAGUUUUGUCACACGGAGGAACAACACUCAAUUCGAAGCGAACAUAUACAUGUGAAGAAGGCUACAGUACCGGAAACGAAACUGUCACCAUGGUAACCAGUUGUAACGACCAAGGUCAAUGGACGUCAACAAACUUUACCUGUUACAAAGACUGCGGGGAACCUGAGAAGAAAGACAACGCUCACGUGUUGCCAGUGUCUACACACGAAGGCUCGGUGAGAAAAUAUGAAUGUGAUACAGGCUUUGACGUUAAAAACGAAUCUGACGAAUCCUACAUGUCUACUCAAUGUUAUUCACACGGAUGGUCCUGGUCACAUUUUGAAUGUGUAGUUGACUGCGGAAAGAUUCCAAAUAUUACAAAUACAGUUGUACACUAUACAACGCGGACGGUUCUAGGUUCGAGUGUCUACUACUAUUGCAGGGAAGGUUAUGAGCUUGUUGGAGCUUUCCAUAAAGAAUAUGUUCGAAUAGAAUGCUUGGAAAACGGAACCUGGUCCUAUACAAACAACUGGUCAUGCGAAAAGAAACGGACAAUUGGUGAGGAAUGUGGGUCAACCGACUGUAUGGAAACCGGUGCAGUGUGUGUGAAAGCUAGCCAUGAAUCUACAUGUUUCUGCGAUUCGCUCUCCAAGUACAACGAAACACGGAGGGACUGCGUUAAAGUAUGCGACAGCCUUACAGAGGAUUUCAUCGAAGUGCCUUCAAGCAACCAGUAUUGGCGCUUUAUGGAGAUAAAGCUCAGUGCUAGUGGCGAGCCAGAAUGCAAGGACCUGUGUGGAUUGGACGACAUAUGCGUGGCAUACAUGCUUUGGCAUAAUCAUUAUUGCUAUCAUUCACAGGUCACGUACGACAUGAUACAAGAUGCGUUUCCUGAACAGGGCGUACUUGAAGACUCUAUCACCUAUUCACGAAGAUGCAUGUAGUAUUUGUGUCUAUGAUUUCACUUGUUUCGUUUCUAGGACUUGUUACAAUGAUUUUUCUUCCCGUUUUUCAACCGUAGUCUGGUUGUUUGUAAUUUUGUUUGCCAUUUUCCACACAAUGUAAAUCAGUUACAUGUAUGUAUAAACAUACAGUAAUUAUGCACCAAUACUUCCUGACAGUGUUAUUAUUGUUGCUCAUUUUUUAUUUCUCUACCACGGUAAACGUGACGUUAUCUACGAGAGUAAAAUAAGUGAUGUUACUUAUUAGAAUGAAAUACUCGUGUAUUUUUCUAAGGAAGUGCGGGAUGAAAUUUGUACGAGGGGUGUUCAAUAAAUACCCGGAAAAGUGCUCUCAUUUCUUUAUUUCUAGUCUCAUUUUGCUAAAAUUUGAAAAUAUGACGGAUAUGAACAUACUGAAUUCAAAUACCUAAAUUACAGAUUUCAUAACAUGCACAAUAUUUAUUUGUCGUCUCCUAGGCAACGUCAUCACCUCAAAAGCGGCCCAACGUCAUUAUGAUGCUGUCAUAUCACACUCAAUUAAUCAAUACUACUCAUGAUUACCAUUGAUUCAAUGUUUAUCACCAUUAAAUGCAUUUUACACUUUCCUAAGAAUAAAUAAAUACUGUAAUGUUUUAGCGCAUGUAAAAUAGAAAAAGAGACAAAAUUGGGCCGGAUGACGUCACAUGACGUUGCCAUGGGGACUCGCAUUUACUUAUUAUUUAUCCAAAGACAAUCUAAUUUUGACAUAUCAACUCAGUAUUCCCUAGUCUACAUUUUGUAGCAUAUUCAUUUAUUUUUGAUGAUACAUGAAGAAUUGAGAGCACUUUUCCGGGUAUUUAUUGAACGCCCGUCGUAUAAGUCUUUAAGAUUCUUUAUUCCAUAAUUAUAAAGCUUAAAACAACACACAUCGUUUUUAAACACAUUUAUAAAUUAUCACGCCAUUGUAUCCAUGCAUUUUCUCAAACCACUGUCUGACUACAAAAGAAAAAUAUAGAAAAUAGUUGUCGAAUAGUAUGCAGUGAAAUGCCGGCAGACUGAAUAUCCGCUGAUCCUGUUUACAUAAUAUUCUACCGCAAAAUUCCAAGAAAACCUACUGUCACUUUUGCAUUUCCUGUUUAGAAAAAAAUCACAAAUCUAUACAAAACUAAGCAAUUCCUGUGGGUAAGACUAUGCCCAAAAAGAAGUUAUUUUUAUAUUAGAACACCACGUAAGCUGUACUAUCGACUAAAUGCUAUAUUACAUAUAUUAUGAGGUAUAAUAUCCUUCAGUUGAAACCUUCAUACUUGCAUAUUGUUAGGACGGUUUGGCCAAUAAGAUAUGGCAAACUUUUUGUAUUGGUUUUAUUUUUUAAUAGUAACAUUGUCUCAUAAGACGUUUUAAAACCACAUACAGCUUUAGAUGGUCCACAUAUGGAUGAAUGUCACACUGCACGACUUCAUUCUAGGCGCAUUUGGAAUGAUUCGUUUCAUUUCAGUUUUGCAAAUGUUGGAUGUUAUCAAGCAGAAUUUCGUUCUUGGCGAAUGUCAUAAAUAAAUGUAGUAGCGGUAUGUUUCAUCUUGCUGAACAAAAGAGCCACAUAUACAGUGCAUGUGCUACAUGUAUACUAAAAGGUUUGUAAAAGGUUCGACUGUUUUAAAUACAGUCACCAUACAUGUGUACAUGUAAUUGGCCGCGCUGCAUAAGUAAUUAUACACAGUCUCAGCUAUGUUAGGAUCACGCUGAAAUUUGCACACAAAGCACGAUUUUGCUGUAAGGCAAAUAGUAAUUCAUAUUAUAAUUGCGAGUAUGUUUCCUAAAUUCCUGAGUUUAGAAGGUACUAAAUGCCUCGCGCUUCUAUGUAAAAUUAACCAUUCUAAUAUGCUUGCCUCUGUUAAAACACUCUUACGCUAGAAUGACGUCACGUUUACGUGCUCUGACGUCAAAGUUUUUGUUGCGACCAAGAAAGAGCGCUUCUAUAUUCUACCUAAUGUUUGAGAUUAAGGGCAUAUUAGAAUCGAAAUGAUUUAUAGCACAAGCGAUCUUUAACACUAUUUAUACACUCGUGAAAUUAUUACGCCCGACGUAUAACCACCCAUCGUGCAUAAAUAGUGUUAAAGAACUCUUUUGCUAUAAAUUAUUUCUUAAUUCAAAUCAUGUUUUUAUCAGCGUUUCUUGUCUUUCACUUCUUACGAGACUAUCCUUGUCUUGAAGGUCUGUUUUGAGGCAAUCAAAAAAUACCAAAAGUAUGUUUUUGACCACAGUGUAAUGAAACCAUGGUCAAGUUUGAAAACGCUAAUAUUGCGUAAGUAGACAACAGGAAAUAUGUACUUUCUUCACAGUCAGUUUACCCAACAGCUUCGACACAAAUUUUGAAGCAUAUAACAUAGCUUAGCGUCAUCCGUAGACAUUCUUUUUACAAUCAAUCAUCAAAAAGAAGUGAGUGAGUGAGUUAGAUUUUACGGCGAACCGACACAAAAAGGCCAUAUAUCGCCGAAAACAAGCACUUCGAAAACGUAAAUUUUAAAGCAUCUCUAAAAACAAUUAUGUAAAAAUGUAUAAACAUAUAAAAUGUAAAGUAAAUUGUAAAGCAUGUCCAAAAACAUUCAUGCAAAAACGUAUAUAAAGGGUUAAAAUAUUAGUGACAAACAACAAUACCGCAAAAUGUGUAAAGAAAAAUAUAUGAUUUCAGAUUUUGCGAUAAAUGCCUAUCUGCUUUAAAAAGGACAAGACAUUGCCGACUGAAACGUUCUCAAACACCUCUUUCAAAGACUGAACGUCAUAGUAUGUACUGCGCUGUGGAACGAAGUCCACACAGUCGACUAAAAUAGUAAGCGGUGUCUGACAUGGUACACAUUCAGGUUGUUCUUCCUUGUUCAGAAGAUAAGAAUGAGUCAAACGGGAAUGACCAAUUCGACAACGAGAAAGAACAACUUCUUCCAUGCGAACAGAGCUGUUUCACCUAAAGUAGGUUUAACAUCAUGAAGUUUAUUGAACGAAGCAUUGUUCCAUGACGAUUGCCAUUUAGAUAAAAUAUAUUUCUUGACGUUUGGCCUAAAAUCAGUAUACGACAAUUUCAUAUUAGAUUGUGAUAAUAAAAGGGAUUUCUUUGCUGCAGUAUCAGCAUCCUCGUUUCCAUGCAAUACCGACAUGUAUAGGAAUCCAACAGAAUAUGACAGACUUUUUGAAAGAUAGUGCAUGAACCCUGAGAAGAAUAUUUUGAAUGAAAGAAUUUUCCAUGUUUCAGUUGUGAAUUGACUGUAAAACAGAAAGCGAGUCGGAAAAAUAAUAAACUUUUCUUCACUGUAUUUUGAUAUAAAAUUUAGGGCCAAAUCAAUAGCUUUUGCCUCGGCUGAAAAUAUUGUUGCGUUAUUUGGUAAACGUAAUUUUGACUGAUGAAGAUGGCUGAUGGCCGCACAGCCAACCCCCGAAUCAUCUUUCGAACCAUCAGUGUAAAUUGGAAAAUAAUCCUUGUGAAGUGACUUGAUCUCAUUAUAUUUGGAUUUAAAUAUUUCAGGAUUUGUUUCUGACUUUUUAAAGGCGGUUUUCAAAUAUAAAAAACUGUAGGGGAAGCAAGGUUCCAUGGUGGCGUAUCCGGAAUUGAAUUUUCUUUGAAAUCUUCGAAUUCAAAGUCAGUUUCAUUCAUAGAAGAUUUUAUGCGAAAUCCAAACGGUUUGAUUUGUUUUGGUUUAUUCUCAUAUGAAUUAAAGCAUCGAAACGAAAGCUAUAUCUAGCAUGAAAAUGGUCUUUAUGCGAAAAAUGGCACUAUAUAUUGAUAUAAUAGACUACAUUUGAGUGGAUCACAGAGUCAUAUCCGGCGAAUUACGACGUUCUUACCUAUGAGAAAUGUCAGAGUUUUCAAAUUCCUUCUGUCACAAUCAAUUAUUGUACAUUAAGUUAAUUGUGAACAAUUUGCCAAUUUCCAGUUUGAUAGACUGGCUAUUGUCGGAGUUACGACCCUUUAAGAUAGUCCAUCUAUACUUAAAAGAAUGCGGUUCAAAUGCAAAAGACAGUUAAAAGUAUCUAAAACAUCAUGAAUUUCUGCCAUUCUUACCAAAAAUGAUGACCUUGAUGCGAAACCAAGGUUUGGGGAAUCAUCUUAAAUUCUGGAAUUUGCCUUCUUUCUGAAAAAAAUAUCAAUGUUGCCCAAUUGCAAAAUAUGCAAGAGAUAUACAAAGUUUGUUUUAGAAUGGUGUUAUAAUUACUCAAUUCUGAUCAGAAUAUACCAAUUCCACAUUGGUUUAAACAAUUUUCCCGAAGUGCGAAUUCCAUAAAGAAAUGUCAAUUUUUUCUAAAUCCUUCUUUCGCAAUUAUUUAUUGUACCUAAAUUAAUCGUGAACAAUUUUUCCAACUUUCAGUUUGAUUUAAUAGCUAUUAUCGGAAUUAUGUCUCUUUAAGUUAGACCAACGUGACAAAUGCAGAAGUUGCCAAGUUUUCAUUAAAUUAAGUAUCAUACGGCCUUACUUUUCUUAUUUCUAUGAUUCGUUUGCCAGAAACAGGUAAAAGUACCCGAAAAUACAUCACGUUUUGUCAUUCUUACCUACAAUGAUGUCCCUGAUGCGGAACCAAGAUGUGGGAAUUGCCUUAAAAUCUGGUUUUUGUCUACUUCCCGAAAAAAUCUCAACUUUGCCCAAAACAUGGAAGAGACAUACCAAGUUUGUCUGAGAAUGGUAUUUAUUACUCAGUUCUGAUCAGAAAAUACCUACCAGUUUUGCAAAGGUUGAAGCAAUUUUUAACAGCGUUUUAACAAGUCACCAUUAAAAUUUACUCAUUACUUCUUACAAAUUUUCAUGACCAUAGUUUUAAUGCCCUAUAUUAAAAAGGCAUGAAAUAAGUAUAUUAAAACCCUGGUAAAUAUACCUUGUUAAAAUGACUUUGAUGGCCAUGAGAAGCUGCUUAUAAUAAACCAUUAAAACAAUUUAAUUGGUUCCUUAAAACACCAUGAAAAAUUUUAAUUGGCAUAAAAUUAAUGUGCCAUUAAAAAUGUACCCCUUAAUUCCACAUUAAUUAGUAAAUACUAAUGGGGCCAUUAACCUUUUUAAUACUCUGUUAAUGGCCGUUAAUAAUUAAAAAUUGAUCAAUGGUCUCAUUAAAUAUGUCAGAUUCAAUUUUAAUGAGUUCGUUAUAUUUUAAUGGUAUAUCAAAUUAAGGGCCAUGAACAUUUGCCAUCAGAAUUAGACAUCUUAAGAUAAUCAUCUUCAUAUUGAUAUUUGCCUUAUUGAUUUAAACUACGUAUUACUACACACGUAAUAGUAUCUAUACAUAUGUACUGUUUUGUAAAAUGCUAGAAGAAUAUUUGACUCUUCUUUUUUCUCUCAAUAUUUUGUAAUGUUAACACAUGUAACAGCCUCGUACAAAAGUUUGUCAUAUUGUAUCCUCCUUCUGUUAUAUGUUCAUAUGAAAUGAGAAAAUAAAUGGAUAUUGUAUUGUA